AUGUUCGAAAUUUCAUUGCAAGUUGAUUUACAGGUUGGAGUCUAUUUCUAUGAUAACGGUCAUGGUUUGCUGGAGGAGAAUGACAUCUUCAACCACCUUUAUUCUGGUGUUCAAAUCAGGACGGGUUCGAAUCCGAAAAUCACUCGAAACAAGAUCUGGGGUGGUCAAAACGGCGGUGUUUUGGUGUACAAUGGUGGAAAGGGGGUGCUGGAGGAUAAUGAGAUUUUCGACAAUGCAAUGGCUGGCGUCUGGAUCAAGACGGAAAGUCAUCCGAUCCUGAGACGGAACAAAAUUUAUGACGGUCGUGAUGGUGGAGUGUGUAUUUUUAAUAAGGGUCGCGGCCUUCUCGAAGAGAAUGAGAUAUAUCGGAACGCACAAGCCGGUGUGCUGAUCUCAACCGAAUCCAAUCCAACGUUACGUCGGAAUCGCAUUUUCAAAGGUCGGGCCGCAGGUGUCGAAAUAACCAAUGGGGCGACUGCAACUCUCGAAGGCAACCAAUUGUUCCAAAAUGAAUUUGGAGGUAAGUUCAAAGUGGUGUUGAAAUGA